CAUUGGAGCCAAUACAAGAACCGGUUGCAAUGAAACUGUAGAGAAUCCUAGUCCCCUUCCCCAACCAGAGUAGGGUUUUUUUUGCCCCCAUUCUCCAUGAAAACAGAAUCUUGAAGUUGCACUGAAGUUGUUAGCUAUGACAGAUAAUAACAUCGAACGAGAGAAAGAAUACGGCGUAUUGUUGUACUACAAAUACACUCCUAUUCCUGACCUCCAACAACUCUUCAGCUUCUACAAUUCCAACUGCAACUCACUUGCCCUUCUCGGCCGUGUCCGUCUCGCUCCCCAUGGCGUCAACGUUACUGUUGGUGGGAAAUUAUCGUCUUUGGAGAAACACAUUGAUGCAGUCAAGUCGAAUACUUUAUUUGAAGGAACGGACUUCAAGCUGGCAUCUUGCGAUCAGCCAUUGAACGACAGGGUUGCAGAAGAAUGUGGAUUUACUUCUCUCUCAAUCCGAAUCGUCAAGGAAUUGGUUACUUUUAGUUCUCAUCCUCUGUUAAAAGCGCCAGAAAUAUCAAAUGCUGGGCAGCAUCUUUCUGCAGUUGAAUUCCAUUCUGUUCUUCAGAAUGCUGGACAAUUUCUAGAAAGAGAGAGUUCAAAUUACCAUAAAAGACUCGUUCUGUUGGAUGCAAGGAAUUUAUAUGAGACAAGAAUUGGAAAGUUCAAUGCUCCAAACGUGGAAACACUGGAUCCAGGAAUCCGGCAGUAUAGUGAUCUCCCUUCUUGGAUAGAUGAUAACUCGGAGCAAUUGCGAGGGAAUUGUGUUCUUAUGUACUGUACCGGAGGAAUUAGGUGUGAGAUGGCAUCAGCCUAUAUUAGGUCUAAAGGUGCUGGUUUUGAGAAGGUAUUUCAGUUAUAUGGUGGAAUUCAGCGUUAUUUGGAACAAUUUUCAGAUGGUGGCUUCUUCAAAGGAAAGAAUUUUGUUUUUGACCAUCGGGUUUCAGUUGGUAGUUCAGAGGCAAAAAUCUUGGGUACCUGCCUUCUCUGUAACUCUUCAUUUGAUGACUACUCUUCACGCAGCCGAUGUACGCACUGUAGAAUGCUUGUUUUAAUCUGUGAUAGUUGCCAGGGGAAAGAUUCGUUAUAUGUCUGCGAGCUAUGUCAAAAUAUGGGUAAGCAUGUUGGGUCGAUUCCAUCAAUUAGAAAUGAACAAUCAGAAGAAAUAUCAACUUCAAUUGAGCUUGAAGGUGUUUCCACCUCGGACCAUACUACACACUCACCACGGCAUGGUACCAUGCCUUCAAGAAAACUCCGGAUCCUAUGCUUGCACGGGUUUCGGCAGAAUGCUUCCAGUUUUAAAGGAAGAACAGCAUCAUUAGCCAAGAAACUAAAAAAUCUCGUCGAGUUUGUUUUUGUUGAUGCACCUCACGAGUUACCAUUCAUUUACCAACCUUGUUUGGCAGACCCCAACCAUUGUGCAUCAUCUGCAUUGCAACAAAGUCCUCCUCCACCAUCUAAGAGUUGCAGUAAGAAGUUUGCGUGGCUAGUCGCACCUAAUUUCAAUGGGAAAAGUGACACUGAUUGGAAGAUGGCAGAUAGUCCAUUUGAUUCUCUGCAGUACCAGCAGCAAACUGACGGGUUUGAGGUAUCACUAGCAUAUUUGAAGACCGUAUUUUCUCAGGCAGGGCCAUUUGAUGGGAUAUUGGGAUUUUCACAAGGAGCAGCAAUGGCUGCUUCAGUAUGCGCACUAGGAAGGCUAAAGGGUGAAAUGGAUUUUAGGUUCGCGAUCUUAUGCUCCGGAUUUGCUCUUAAUUUAGCAGAGGAUGAUCAAGGGUCCAUCAACUGCCCUUCUCUUCAUAUAUUUGGCAAUGACCAUGGAAAAGACAGGCAGAUAGGUAGCCAAGCCAGCAGAGACCUUGCUACUCUAUUUGAAGAGGGUUGCUCGGUGAUUAUUGAACAUGACUCGGGUCAUAUAAUCCCCACCCGAUCUCCAUAUAUUGAAGAGAUUAAAGAUUUUCUUAAACGGUUUCUCUGAUCUGGAUUUGCUGCUACGACUUGUUAAGCUUUUAAAUGGUGUUUUCUGAGUUCUAUGUAACUGUUUAUGGAGGUGCUUUGUUGGAAUAACUCAUGGAUGCAUACAUGUUCUGAAAGUGAUGUAGUUUUACAUGAAAAGGUACACUACAAUAUUGUAUCCAACCCAUGUUAUAAAAGUGUUGCUAAUUUCAUUCGAAUUAAGAAUAGAUUAAUGUUAGAAGUAAUUUUAACACUAAAGGAUUUCUUAAACGCUAUAGUUAUGAACUGAUAAAACUGCUGAUUAGCCAUCAUGGG